AUGGAUGGAUCAGUAUUACCAAGGUCAGAUGUGUCAUUUAGAAGAAUAGGUUCUUCAGGGAUAGUUUGGGAAGAUAAAUUAUCAUCUGGGGAACUUAAGCCAAAAGUGAAAACCGAGCCAGACCCAAAACCAUAUCGGACUCUGGUGGUUGAACCCACCAUGGACCCUCCCUCCCCAAAAGUCUCCGGCUGCUGUGCUAUGUUCAGUAAAACCACCACCACCACCACCAGGAAACCAAACAAAAGAGGUCACCGGAAGUCUUGA